AUGCCUCACUUAAAUCAGUUCAUAUUUAAUAUUCGAUCAGCAGGUCACUUUAUCGAUGUAAUGUCUUUCCCAUCAAAUGACGAUAUUUAUCGGACAUUUACAAGUUUCAAAGACUAUCAAGUUAUUUCUUGUGUUGAUUAUUUUCCAAAAGCUGAAUAUGUUCAAUGUCAUAUUUAUUCAUGUCCAUAUACAUUAACACAUUAUAAUAAUAUAACUAAUAAUUUUCCAGGUGGAUUAUUUAAUAAUGUUCAAGAAAUAGAAUUAUUUGAUGAACGUCCUUUUGAACAUGAGUUUUUCAUUCGAAUUUCACAAGCAUUUCCGUUUCUGAAAGUGUUAUUUAUAGUUAAUAAAGAAUCACAAACUUUCAAACAAGAACAAGAGUCAAAAAAUAACGACAAUCGAAAUUUUUCAUUUAUUGAAUAUUCUCAUCUUAUUACGCUUGGUCUUAUCAACGUUCAUGAUGACUAUGCAGAACAAUUUUUAUUUGACACAAAAACGUGUCUAUCAAAUUAUAUUCGAUUGGGAAUUGAUUAUCAUCAAUUACAACGUGUGACACUAAAUUUUACAAGGAAUGCGACACGUAAUAAUUGUUCGAAAAUAAAACAACUUAUUCUUCAUGAGUACUUAGACUUACCUAAACAAUAUAAUACUUACUUUCCUAAUCUCGAAUAA